GCGAGUGAGCUAGGUGCUAGGCCUUGAAGAAACCGUAGCUGGGCGGUCUAGAUUCCAUGCCGCGGCAUCAGUCAUUGCAUCUGAGCCAGGGCGAAGCAUCCAAGGCAUCCAGGGCUCAGCUUCUCAUUGACAUCGGUGGACCUUGUGUUAUCGAUGCACUUUCAGGUGGAAAUUGGACCUGUCCUUCACGAUCCAUCGCAUGGUUUCCCCGCCAUCUCCCAAGCCGGCUAUGCAUGCCGCGCAGAGGCCAAGACAGUUUUUGCCGUUCAACGUUCAAGCGCGGUGCUGACUCCGUCAAUCACUGGGUUCAUGUGGUGGAGAUGACGUUUGUCUAAGCCCGCCGCUUUUAACAAUAAAGUCCACCGCCGGGCCCGGUGACUACCACACGGCCGAGACACGCGGAGGACUGAAUAUACUGUAGUGCGUGCUUACAACGAGCGGUUGGUGUAAAGCAAAGACACCGACCUCGUCCGUCGGGUUGUAUGGCGUUUCGGGACCAGCGUGAGUACUCCGUCAAGAUCGGCAUUCCGACCAAGACGCCAGUCGCCGCGUUCCUAGUUCGGCUGAUUGCUCCCUUGUCAGCUGCCAGAGAAGCGUGUGUAUAGG